ACUUUUGCUCAGUAUAGUUUUGGAAGUAAUUUUCUUUUAAUCUUCGGUGGAGAAUUAAUUGUUAAGUGUGUAAUUAUAUUGCUUCGAUUCAGUUAGGGGUUUGCGCUGAAAUUGGUAAUUUCAGUUUUUUAGAGGACAAAAGAUUUAGUAAUUGGAGUUUUGUUUUUAUUUGAUUAUUCAUUUUGUCAUUUGAUACUUACGGCUCGAGUGGGUAGUGGUGGAGCUUUCUUUCAGCAUGAUUCCAGCUAAGGGAAUAAAGAAAUUGUUGUUUCUGCUCAAUUACUUAAUUUGGUAAAUGACCUUUAAUUGUCGAUUGUGGCAGUUCUGGAUGGAUUUGUAUGUUAUGCCUUAAUCUGGCUUGGUGGUAUGUUGGGUUCCUAAGUUGUUUGGAUGUUUCGAUAGGAUAAAAAUGGAACCAAUCUUUUACUUUUUUUUGUUAAAUUAUGGAGAAACUGAGUUUUUUGGCUCAAAUUUGGCUGAGGUGACACAAUGGUGCUUUUCUUUGUUAUCGUUAUAGGUAUAGACUUCAAAUGCUGAGUGACUUUGUAAAAUGAUACAGUAACUUAUAGCUCUGAUACAUUUACAAUCAUCUAUAUUUAGUUGGCAAACAAACUUUUCAAGAGAAUAAUGUUCAGUGGCAGACCUACGAUUUAAGGUCGUUGUUGCUCCCUUUCUUUGACAUAAAGUUGCUACUAAUCACAUAGUAUAUUUGUUUAUUUUCAUGGAUAUUUGAAUGUGACAAUGAAAAAAGUUAAUGAAUAAACUAAGAUUACAAUUAUCACUGCAAAAAGGACUUCUAAUCACAAUUCACAAUAAGAAAAAUACAAUUAAUAAUAUUAAUAAUAAAAUAGACUUCUCGUCACUAAGUCAACUGUAAUUGACGAGAAAGAGAGCUUGGUGCAUUUUGGGGUAAGUGUUCAAGAAGGGUUUUGAAUCUUUUGGAAAUGUUUUGGAGCUUCGUGUAAAAUAGACUGGUUUGAUUUAGACUUUUAAGUGCUGAGUGACUUUGGUAUUAGAUGUAAAAAAUGAUCCCGUAACUUCCUUUUUUUUUUUUUUGAUAAAUAACAAUGAUCCAGUAACUAUCGCUCUGAAAGAUAGGAUUACUUAAAGUCUUAAACUCAAUCAAUCAACGAUGUAUUAUCCCAAUUAGUUAGGGUUCGAUAUAUGAAUCAUAUUUGUUUAAUAUUUGGAGAUUCAUCAUAUUAGAGAAGAAUAUUAUCCACAAUGAGAGGGAAAUUUUUCUUCUGAUUUCACUACCUUAGGAUACUUUGACCAUUCUGGCCUUUAUCGGCUUCCAUUCAAGCUUGUUGUUCAGUGUCCUGAAUGAAGGUGAGAGCUUGUUAUGAUUAGCAAAGUCCUUUCCAAGUCUUUGAAUGCUUUCACUUGUUAAUAUUACCAUUGACCGAAGACAGGUUGCCACCUGGGGCGGAGCUAGUAAGAGAAGGAAGGGGGUUCAAUUGAAUCCCCUUUAUCGAAAUAUUAUACUGGCAAAUAGGGGAGUUUUUUUUGGUUAUAUAUAAACUAUUGAAUCCCUUUGACAUAAAGAAAAAAUUCUAGUGCUUUGCCUUCUAAAAAAAACAAGAAUUUUUUUUUGUGCUUUGGUAAAGGAGGUUUAAUGUUGCGCUAGCCGCUAAGUCACAAGUUUAAAUCUCAGUAAACUAUGAGAUUCUAUUAUUUUUUGAAUCCCUUUAUAUAAAUUCCUGGCUACAUUACUGAUUGCCACGAGAGAGGCUUUAGCCCUUGGUUUGGUAGUUCCAGUCGGACAACAUUUGUGCACUUGCCAACUAGAUUGGUUUCAUUAUCCCCAAUAAAAAAUAACCCAAUCUAGAAAUUGUUCAAAUUUAUCUAAUGCACCGAUGCAAAAUAUAACACCAUAUUCAUUCGACAAUUCUAGUGAUGGGCUCUAAAUGAUGAUUGCAAUGCCUAUGUCAUAAUGGUUGUAUGUACCAGCGUUAGUUUCAUGUGGAAAUUGUCAAAAAUAAUUAAAAAGAUUAGCUCAUGGGUUGGAAUUUUCAACGUAACUCAUAAACCUUCCAGUAGGCUCUUUCACCUAAUUCAAAGCAUUAUUUAUGUGAAAUACUUGAAAAGUGAAAGAAUGGAUGUAUCUUCGCAUGUCUCUGUGUUCUAGUGAAAAAAAAAUAGUUAUUGCCGUUUGUCGGUGUUUGUAUUGAAAUGGCUCUCUUACUUCUUUCCCUUUUUUAAGGAGAGCCUUGAGCAACAGAAAUUUCAUUUCUGAUACGUUUCUCCUAAGUCAAGAAGUAGAAGUGUGAAAAUGAAAAUUAUAUAAAAAAUAAAGUGUGAAAAUUGGGAAAAUAAAAUUUAUAUUUUGAAAAAGGUCUCUUGUGAACAACAUAGCACCUCUGUGCACUUUCAUGUCAAAACAGGUUCUUUAUUUAUGUAUCGGUUCCUCUAGCAUGCUGAAGCUUCGUUUGUUACUCAACUUGUUGUUUAUCUUUUUUUUAUUAAUUUAUUUUUUGAUUGUUAUGUGUUAUAAAGAGACUAAUCAAGAUGGGCUACAAGUUUCUUUUUCAUUUAGAUUUGUCUAAAUUUCUUGCUAUGUAUGACUUGCCUAUUUUUUUUUUUUUUUGGAAUAAGGUAACAUAAUUUUAUUGAUAAUGGGGAGAGAAAUCUCUCAUAAUCAAAAGUAGAGAAUCUGCAAAGAAAUAUAAUUUUAUAUGAACGAUAUCUAAUUUUCGACACAAAUUGGGAUCUCAUGGAUACACCAAAAAUAAAUGAGGCUAUUUCUCAAAUGUACAAAACCAUUUUCUAUCCCUUCAAAAGCUAUCAUAUUUCACUCUUUCCAUACAACCCACAUACUGCUAGAAUAGCACACGCUUUUCAUCUUCUCAUCUGUCUUCUAAAUGUCCAAUUGAACAGUGUCUCCUCCCGGUGCAUGGCAUCACUCAUUGCAACCCGAACCAUCUAAAGAUCUCCCACCAUAAACAAGACACUACCUGACAAUGUAUUAAGAGGUGAUCCACAUUUUUGUCCGAUCUCUUACACAUACAACCGCUGACGUAUGUAAUUCUCCUCUUCCUCGAGUUUUCAGUUGUCGGAAGUACUCCCUUGCUGCCAAGCAACUGAAGAAUUGCACAGUAUUUGACAUCGUGGGAUUCUUAAUUGAUAGAUGUGGAAAUGUUGAUUACUUUAUGAUCAACAAUUUAUUUUUAAUGAGUUAAGUAAUUAUCAUUAAUAAAAAGGCAUCCAAAAGAUGUAGAAUACAAGGUAGCAAAAAGUUAGCUCCAGAACAAUGUCUAAGUUAGCUCAGUGAGCUAACAAAAUCCAAAAAAUUAUCAAUAUUGUUUAUAGGGGAAAAAUGCCAACUAAACAAUCUAACUAAGAUUUGGCCUUAAGAGUGUAAGUAGGAUUUCAGAUCCCAUUAAAGCAUCUGUUGUUCCUUUCAGUUCGGACACACCAAAAAAUUAUUGUUGGGGUCAUCCUCCAGAUCCUUCUGAUGGUUUUAUAAACCAAAAUAAAAUGGAAGAAGUUCUAAGAUCAGCUGUGAGUGGGUAGUAUAGAAAUAGAUGGCUGACAUUCUCUGAACUUGGGUGUUAGUGUUACAAAUAGCAUCUGUUUACUAAGGUUAUGCCUUUUUUGUGAGGUUGUCCUGUGUUAGGCAUGCUCCAUUAAGUGCUAUCCAAGAAAAGCAUGAGAGUUUUAGAGGUAGUCUAAUCUUCCACGCAUUUUUCCAUGGCCAAUCCUCAAGGAUGCCAUUCUGAGAGAACAAAUGAUGGUAACCAGCUUUGAUUGUGUACCUCCCUUCUUUAGAGCUUCGCCAUAGGAUUUUGUCAGGUUGGUGUGGAUUAAAGCUAUAGAGGGUGUUUGGGUUAGCUUAUUUUAAGUGCUUAUUGGCUUUUAAGCACUUUUUUAGUUUGUGUGGUGUUUGGCAAUGAUAAAAAGUGCUUAAAAGCACUUACUUUUAGGCAUAAAAAGUACAAAAAUAAGUCAAAAGCCAAAAGUUGGGUAUUACCAACUUAUGGCUUUUGGCUUUUAGCUUAAAAGCUACUUUUUAUAGGCCAAUCCAAACACUCUAAUAGUCUUCCAAUGCUGCAAGGAGUGUGAGUAAGUAAUUUCCAAUAUUGAAGAUUCCUUCUGAAUGUGGUAUUCAAGCUAUUAUUUUCUUCGUAUUGGGCAAUAAAAGCAUCCUUGUUACGUGCAAGCUGAUAUAACCCUAGGUAGGAUUCCUAUGGGGUUGUGUUACCAAAUCCAUUUGUCUUUCCAGAAGUUAAUAUGUAGACCAUUUCCAACUCUGAAGGAUAUGUUCUGGAAAAAUUCCUUGUUGUGACUGCUGAUGUAUUUCCAAACUCCAACCCUAUUUAGUAAUGUGCUUUCCUUGGUACACCAGUGGCCUUGGGGCACCAAAUUUAGCAUCUAUAAUUGUCUUCCAGUAUCCUGCCUCUUGAAUGAUCAACAAUUUAUUUUAAUUAGGCUUUACUGACUCUUACCUCCAAGGAUCCUUGUUGUUACGCAAAAAACUAUUUAUGAAGCAAUUCAACCAACUACCUGCCUCUUACCUCCAAGGAUCCUUCUUGUUACGCAAAAAACUAUUUAUAAAGCAAUUCAACCAUACUUUCAAAGUUUGCAACCUCCCAAUCCUCAAGGUUCCUUCUAAACCACAAGUCCUGGUGAAACUCCCUUUCAUGACCUUUAACCCUGUUGGGAUCUUUUCUCUUUUUGGUUGGAAAUGUUGUAAGUGUCGGGAAAUAAGAAUUUCAAUGCAUUAUCUCCAUACCACCUAUGCCUCGAGAAACUGACAUUGGUUUGUUCCUCUAUCAUGUAAGUGAUAAUGCUGCAAAACUCUUCCUGAUCCUUCACAAUAUUCCUCCAUCGGCCGCACCUAAAAAGGAGUAUGAUGUUCUGUUUUUCGCCAACUCCUUUCCACAAUCCCAUAUUUUUCCGCUAUCAUCUCCCUCCAAAGAGCAUGAUCCUCUAUCCCGAAUCUCCAUAACCAUUCUCUGAUAAUGCCUCGUUAAAAAUCCUGAUAUCCUUAUGAUCCACUCGUUCUAUGUGAAUAGUUGUCUCUGUUUUCCUUUUACAUGAUGCUUUUUUUUUGAUAAGGUCCUUUUACAUGAUGCUAUGAGCAUGAUUUGGCUAAAGUAUAGUGAUUAUUUGACAACACGUAAUUAUUUGUGUAUCAAUACAUUUGCAUUUUGGUAAUAGUUAGUGAGUGAAAUUUAAAGUCUUUCUUGCUUGGUGAAGAAAAGUGAAAAAGAUUCGUGAACAUUCAAGUCCUUAUUGGCAUUCUCUCUCCUCCGCUUCCAGAAAAAGGAGAAUAUUUGAUAUGUGUUGAUUCCAACUUGUGAGGUCUAUAUUUCGUAGUAUCUAUGCAUUUUGAUAGUUUCUUGAAACUAUUCACUUGCAUGAUGGGUGCCUUGAAAAGCUCAUUCUCAUAUGUUUUAUGCCAUGUUUUAUCAAUUCUUCCGGUAUGCUAUCUCAUCUCAACAUUAAAGUUCAGAGACAUCUGUGUAGGCUUUGUGGGUUUGAAGCCAACAAGUUCAUAUUGCAGGAUAUAUUUUAGCUUGAUCACGAAAUUGUUAUGCUUAGGUUGAGGAAUGUAUUAAUCAAUUGGGCUUCCAGGCACAUUUCACGGGGGCAGAAAAGAUUUCCUCUUUUCUGGCAACAUCCUAUAAUCAGUUUCUUUCCUCUGGCGUCAUCUUUUAGAAUUUUUCUCUUUCCUCUUUUAUUACUAGGUUUUAUUUGUAAGGUUUCUGUUAAUAUGGAGGUAGACAAGAUUUAUUUUGCACUGGGGUUCAAGUCUUAUGAUAUCACCAGAAUCAUAUCGAGGGUUGUAGUCUGGUUAGAAUGGAUAGGAAGGAGUCGUAACUUGAUGCGGAGAACUACGUUCAGGAAAACCAUGGAGUGGCUGUGCAUUGUUCUACAGGAAGCAUCAAGAGUUGCUGGAAACUACGUCAAAAGAUGGAAGCUAAAGGAAGAACAAUCAAAUUUGAUAAAAAGAAAUAAGGUACUGGUCACUUUUAAUUGGCGUGGACCAUUGAAAUAAUUUGAUUUAUCUUAUUUAUCUGGGCAUACACAUUUUGAUCAUAAACAAGGUUGAGUGUUGACUCAUGGAGCUUAAAGUUUCAUCUUCAAAGCCAGCACUUUUACCUUCUGAUUGCAACAGUGAUCCUGAAGAGAAAGAAAUCAGUGAAGAGGAUGAUGAUGAUCGCAAUCAUAAGCAUCGUAGGAGAGAACUGCAUUCUCAAUCUGAGGAGACUGAUGCCGUUGAACCAGUUUUCAGUAGACCAUUCAGGAAACGAAAGCCUUUUAAGAAUGGACAUCCUUAUGGUGAAGGAGAUUCUCAGUUUAGUGAAACCAGGUUCCCAAGAAGACGAGGAAUGGGUUCAUUUUCCAGGGCCCCUUUGGAAUCAUACCAAAGAAUGAGGCUGAACCAAUCACUGUCUGGUGAUGCUAGUAAUGGUAGGGGUCGAGGGAGAGAACAUAGUGCUUGGGCCCAACGUGAUUCAAGGUUUGGCUCCGCUGAUAUUGCAUCUCAAAUGUUUCCACAGGGCCCUGUUACUCCUGAUCUCUUUACUGGAAGAGGGGUGCAAAACGUUUCUAAUGCACAGAGUUCAUCUUGGAGUGCAUUUGGAAUGGUUCCAGGAAUGUCUAAUGGCGGCCUUGAUACAAUUCAUUCCCUUGGUUUCCAGGGAACACUCAGGCCACCCUUGAAUCCUACUGUGGGUAUGGGUAUUCCAAGGCAGAGAUGUAGAGACUUUGAGGAGCGUGGAUUUUGCCUAAGAGGAGAUAUGUGCCCGAUGGAGCAUGGAGUAAAUCGUAUUGUUGUUGAAGAUGUUCAGAGCCUUUCUCAGUUUAAUCUUCCUGUGUCACUUCCUAAUGCACACAUGCUAGGACCAGCUACUGUAGAAGGAUCUUUACCUGUGAUAGGCCCUUCUGGAUCAUUGGUUAGUGGCAAAGCUUUACACAACAAAAUUACCAAACCUCCUGUGAUUGAUGAUGGAUUGGGUUUGACUGAUGCUUUUGUUGAUGGUUCUAUGGCUGGGGGAGCUGAUUUUUAUGAUCCUGAUCAGCCUUUAUGGUCAAAUGAUCGUUCUGAAACUUCAGCAGUACUCCAGGAUUUAAAUCCAUCUAAAAUUGAUGAUACUGGGCCUUUGUUAGAUGCAGACUCCUCUGAUCAUGAUCAAGUUGGGCAGUGUGAUGCCUUUGAACUUGAGCAUCCACUUAGAGGUGCUAAGGCAGCUUCAGGAUCUCAGAGUGUGUGGGGAAGAAUCAGAAGGUCAAAAAAUAACUCGAAUGUGAAAGAGAUCACUGAUUUUACAGGGGAUGCUUCAAGUUUUGAUGAAAUGGGAAAAGAUUUGGAAUCGUCCUGCAGCAAUCAAGGAAACUCCCGUCCAGGGAAGCAAAAAAAUGUAGAUACUAUUGACCCACAAAUGACAGAAUCAUCUUUCAAGCCCCAAAGUAGUUCUGGACAUAAUAUGAGAAAACCUUCUCAAAAGGCACUUCGAACGCUGUUUGUGAGAGGCAUUCCACAGAAAGACAACAAACCAGAUGCUCUUCUUUCACAUUUUCAAAAAUUUGGGGAGGUCAUUGACAUCCACAUCCCACAGAGUGGUGAACGAGCUUUUAUUCAAUUUUCUAAGAGAGAAGAAGCUGAGGCUGCUUUAAGGGCACCUGAUGCUGUGAUCGGCAACCGUUUUAUAAAGCUUUUCUGGGCAAACAGGGAUAGCAUUAUGGAUGAUGGUUUAAAUGGUGGCAUUAAUUUACCUUUGACUCCUCGUGGAGUAACAUCUAGUGUGGUUCAACCCCACCUAUCUGUUCCUUAUAAAGGAAAAGACAAUAUCCAGUCCUUAGCCUCAAAAGCUGCUGAACAUGGUCCUGUUGUUCUGUUACCUACUUCUGGUCUACCUAAGCCUGUGGCUCAUAAUGUUCCCAAAGCUGCACCAGCUGUGCAAAGAAAGGUGGAGAGUUUAGAACUUUUGAAGGAAGAAUUGCGCAAGAAGCAGGAGCUGCUUGAUCAGAAGCGGAAUGAGUUCCGACGUCAGUUGGUUAAACUUGAGAAGCAGGCUGUAGGUGUGAAAGCUGAAGCAGUCUCAGACCAGGAUCUGAAGAAACAGGUGGAGGGAGAAACAGUAUCUUAUUCUGCAAAAAUGCAAAAUUCAAGCUCCACAGAACUUAAUAAUGAUGUAUCUUCAACACAAGCUGACGCAAUCUCUGAUUGUAGCAGAUCAACAGAGAAUGCGGAGCGCUCUUGUUCUAUAUCAUCUUCUACUGUGGCCACACAGGAACCUUCCAGCUUGAAGCAGUCAAUUCGUCCACUGGCACCACAUGGUGCACCUUUUAUAUUCAAUAGAUACAAACUAGACAAUCGUCCCACUGCCUUCAAAGUUCUUCCACCUUUGCCAUGUGGUCUUGCAAAUGUUGCUGUCUUGAAGGAACAUUUCUCUGCUUUUGGUGACCUUACCUCUGUUGAGCUGGAAGAUUUGGAGCCUCAAGAUAGUAAUAAUGGCUCAGAGACGUUAAACAUAUCUGCUAAGAUAUGUUAUCCAACGCGCCGGUCUGCUGAGAGGGCAUUUUUGAAUGGCAAAAUCUGGCAAGGCCAAGCUUUGCAGUUUAUGUGGUUGCAGUCUAGUAAUUCUACCAAGGAUAGUGGUGUCAGAAAAGAUGCUGCUCCUGCUUUGAAGCAGCCUUCAGAUGCUAGUGUUCAACCCAUCUCAAAAGAUUCUUCGACUGGUUCAGAGGAAGGAAACACAGCUGGGAGUGAUGCACCUGAAAAAGAUUACAUGGAACGCGAGAAGCAGCCUUCAGAUGCUAAUGUUCAGCCCAUCCCAGAAGAUCCUUUGACUUGUUUACAGGAAGGAAAUGCUGCAGGGAUUGAUGAACCUGAAAAAGGUUAUAUAGAACAUGCGACUGUGAAUGAAGUUCCCAACUCCAGUUCAGCGAAACAGUUAGCUGAAUGUGAUCGGUCAUGAUUGUGGCACAAUUGCAGAGUUGUACAGUGACGUAAAAUUUUGAAUCACUUCUAUGUAAUUUCAGUAGUAGUAGCAAUUUACACAUUCUAGUUUCAAUUUUGCUUUAUCUCAAUUAACUGGAAAUGUAAAGAGGAAUUUUCUGAUUUUUUUUUACCACCAGAUGGCAGUCAUGAAGGGUAUCUAUAUUGAAUUCUGAAAGUCAUUCGAUGCUUAUAAGUAUAUCCUGGAUUGAGGACUA